AAUCCCCACCCCCCAGCGCAUAGCCCGGCCCAGGCGCCAGGCAGGUGGCCAGCGCUCCUCUUCCUCCCCGCUCCAGUCGCUAGUGAAGCGACGCCGCCCUAGGGUUUUCGUCGCUAUCCACCGUCGCCCGCCGGCCCUCGGGUGGCCCUCGACCCGCUCUGCCACUGGAUCCCGGGACCUCUCUCCUUCCCCAAGCGGCUUCGCUCGUCCCCAGCCGCCAUUCAUCUAGGGAGGCCGCGGUUCGUCUGCAUCGACGCCGAGCAAAGGUAAGUGGUCCAGCUUUCACCAUGGUUCUAGGCAGCAAUAUCUGCAUCCAGGAAACCUUAUAUGAAGUUCUGUCUGUCAGUGAAGACGCUACAUAUGACGAAAUCCGUGCAGCAUACAAGUCUGCUGCUCUAAAUACACAUCCCGACAAAGCACAGACAUCCAUUGAGUCAUCUGCGCCUUCCAAUGAGCAGCAGGAAUUUUUGAGCGUGCAGAAAGCAUGGGAAAUCCUGCGCCAGCCUGAAUCAAGAGCUGACUACGAUAAGCAGCUGCAAUCAUCCAGACAGAAUAUUGAGAUCAUUGCAUCUGAAAUCGAAGUGGGGGAUAUGACCGUUGAGAGCACUGCUGAUACUGUGGAGCUGUUGUACUCAUGCAGGUGCGGUGAUUAUUUUUCGAUCACUUCGUGUGAACUUGGUGAGAUGGGAAUCUUGGUCAGUGAGGAUGGAGAAGUGGAGCCGCAGGCAUCCGAUUUUGUAUCAGCUUAUGUUAUUCUGGGUUGUGGAUCUUGUUCUCUCAAAACACGAUUGAUUAUAAAUAAAACUUCACGAUAUAUUUCCUCCUCUAGUUGUAUGUUGUACAGCAAAGAAUAUGCCUCCGAUUGUCCAUAAAAUGGUGCAUACUGAGCUUAUCUGCUCUUUCUCCUGUUAAGGAUUGUAAGAUCCUGAUGGCUACACUGAUAAAUGACGCUUGGACCGUUGUAAUCAGCUAACUACCAUUGUCAAUUCCAUCUGCUGGGAAUUAAAGAUGUUUAUGUGGUGGUUAUUCAGUACAUCUUCUUUGGUUAAUGUUGUUUAUGGGCUGAUUUAAUGCUCUCAUCUGUCAGUCAUUCACCUAUCCUGGCUAUCCAGCAGCUAAAAUGAAGGCUCGCUAUUCUUUAUAGUUCCUUGACAAGAAAUCCAUGUUGGUUGUGGCCGUUGCUGCAUUCAAUAAAAUGAUAGUUCAGCAGGCUCUGGAUCUCCUGACGCAGCAUAUUGUGACCGUAUCUGUACUGCUAAGCAAGGAUAGCAUCCCAUGCAGAACAAACUGUGUGGUGUGCUAAUGCUAGUGGAUAAUGUAUCGGUUUGUAAAGCUAUAUCUGCCGUUACAGGCAAGUCAUCUGUACAAGACAACGAGAACACAUCUCACAUUUGUUCUGCUUCCACUGUUUUUGUGUUCUUACGCAUUUACAUGGUUCACUGUCAAGAACUGCUUGCCAUCCACGGCAAAGAA